AGUUGUCUUACGUUAGUAUACUAUUUGCUCCUUCUCUUGAAGUAUUGCACUUCGGAUACUGGAGAGAAGGGCUGCCGGCUGUUACGUCACUGUCACCCGCACCGGCUGAUCACACGCGCGCGACUCUGGCUACUGUCACUUCCAAGGCUGCGUCCAAAUUCAGACGGUCAUCCCACCACAGCAGAAUCAGCGUCCGUGUCGCAAGCAGCUCAAAGACCAAAGAUGAAGUCACUGUGUCUUUUCACCAUUGUGCUGAUAAUUUUGGAAGUUGUUCUGGGAGAUGCAUCCUUAAACCGGCAAAAAAGACAACUGGAUCCUGAAGUGAACAUGAACAUCAGUGAGAUAAUUUCGUAUUGGGGAUACCCAUCUGAAGAGUAUGAAGUGAUCACAGAAGAUGGCUAUAUCCUAAGUGUUAACAGAAUUCCAAGAGGCGUUAAAAAUUUGUAUCUGGAAGGACCAAGACCUGUUGCAUUUCUCCAGCAUGGACUCUUGGCAGCUGGAAGCAACUGGGUCACAAACCUACCCAACAGUAGCUUGGCAUUCAUCUUGGCUGAUGCCGGUUAUGAUGUGUGGCUUGGCAACAGCCGUGGCAACACAUGGUCUAGGAAGAAUGUCAGACUGAGCCCAGAAGAGGACGCUUUCUGGGCUUUCAGCUUUGAUGAAAUGGCUACGAAGGAUCUUCCUGCAGUAAUAAAUUUUAUAACCAAAGCUACAGGGCAGCCACAGGUCUACUAUGUUGGCCACUCUCAGGGUACUACAAUAGCCUUUAUUGCCUUCUCCACAAUGCCAGAGUUAGCAAGUAAAAUCAAAAUGUUCUUUGCUCUGGCACCUGUUGCCACAGUUGGAUUUGCUACCAGCCCACUGAGCAAAAUGUCUUUUCUGCCAGAGUGGCUUACCUGGGAACUAUUUGGUAAGAAGGUGUUUUUCCCCCAAAGUCCAAUAAUAAAAUGGUUUGCAACUAAAUUGUGUAGCCAAACCCCUGUGGAUGAUCUAUGUGGCAACAUUUUCUUUGUGUUAUGUGGGUUUGAUGAAAAGAACCUUAAUAUGUCUCGCACUCCAGUAUACACAACUCACUGCCCUGCUGGUACAUCUGUGCAAAACAUGAUUCACUGGCGUCAGGCUGUGAAAACUGGAAAGCUCCAAGCAUAUGACUAUGGCUGGACAGGAAAUUUGGCUCACUAUAAUCAGUCAAGGCCUCCCGUGUAUUAUGUUAGCAACAUGAAGGUUCCUACAGUCGUUUGGUCUGGUGGACAGGACACCUUAGCAGAUCCCAAAGAUGUCAGUUUGCUUCUCACGCAAAUUCCCAACCUGGUGUAUCAGAAACAGAUUCCACAUUGGGAGCACCUGGAUUUUAUCUGGGGUUUGGAUGCUGCAGAACUCAUGUAUAAUAAUAUUGUAAAGUUCAUGAAUAAGUAUGUUUAAAUAAGUCAGAAAACAGCCACUGGAAAAAAAAAUCAUGCUUUUCAUCCCUAUGCAUUUUUUAUUUUAGUUCUUUAAAAUGCAUUCACAUUGCAAAAUAUAAUGUUGCAAAAUACAGAUUCAGACAAUCCCAUGGGUAAAGGGGAAUUGGAGGGUCAUCACCCCCAAUAAACAUACCACACAGGUUUAAUAUUCGUCAAUGCUGAUGAUCCCUUCACUACUUAUUUACAAUUUGUGAUACUGAUAGUUUGUUACUAGUGUGCUCCAAAUUAGAAUAAGCAUUUAUUUCUUCACAGCGGCACAGUGCUGCUGUGGUUUGUGCUACUGCCUCCCAGCUCCAGGAUCUUGGCUUGGAAUCCCAGGCUAGCUAUAUGUCUCUGUGAAGUUUACGUGUCCUCCCUGUGUGUCCUCAAGGUUUUUCUUAAGAUUCUCUUGUGCCCCUAGUUUAACUGGCGAUUCUAAAUUGUUCCUACAUGCACUGCAUUGGUGUGGCUCCUUGACCAGGGUUGGUUCCUCAAUGUGUUCUGGCUUCUAUGACUAGGUUUAAUGAUUGAUGGAUAUAUUCCCAUAGACUUACUAUUAAAUAAAAACUACACUCGGCUCGCCUUACCCAUGGGAUUGCCAUCUGUGGUUUUGACCCACCACAGUUUGAAAUUAUUAGGAAAAAACCCAGAAUAUUCUUGAAAAAGAACAUUUGAAAUUCCUGCAUGCAGUGCUGCUAGCUAAAUACGCACAAGAAACAACACUUGCAGGCUGAUGCUGCUGAGGCAUGACGUAACCAAGCCCAGUCAACUCUCAGCCCCUGUGCUUGCUUUGUGUGCGCAAUUAUCUUUAUGAUUUUAAAUAAAUCCUGAGCAUUUUUGGCUUUUGCACAACUGCAGAGACUCCUGGAACCAUAUACCCAUGGAUAAGGCAGGCUGACAUGUAUAAAGCCAUUCUAGGACCAAAGCGUAUAACCAAAGGUGAUUUUUUUCUGAGUACAGUACACUCAGUUAAGUCUGUGAUCAUAACAAAAUGGCUUCACAGUAAUCUGAUUUUGGUAAACGUGGAACCCAUUGAUUCCUUCUUUAUGAGCCAGAAAAAUAUAAGAUGGUGGUAUGAAGUUUGCAAUAUUAUAAAUUUAAAAAGCACUAAGGAGUGAACUGCUGUGACCAGUGAAGACUAAACGGAUACUGUAUACCAUAGAAAGAUCCCAUUCGUUCAGGAAAUGAAAUUAGAGCCGUUCAGUAAAAGGUUUGGCUGUAAAAAUGUCUCUAAUUAGGAUUGCAUUUACCUCUUUAGAAGAACAUGCAGAAGGCUGCUGGGAGUUUUUAACUGUUUCCAAACUGAAGUCCUAUUUUAUACAUAUUCAUUGUGCUGCCGACAAGUGUAAAGAUUUCCUUUCUGGAAAGCAGAACAGAUAAAGAAGCUUUUCUGGUUUCUAAUAAUAUAACAACAAAGAUUUUCUCCCAUAUGAUUAAUAUAGUUAAGGAAUAUAGAAAUGAUAUCAUCUGUAAUCUGCUAAGCUCAUGUUACUAAAGAGUUAAAUGUAUUGAGCACCGGCUGGUUGUUACCAUCAGAGCUGUGCGCCUUAAACUGAUUAGACAGUGCAUAAUUUAAUAGCACUAUUCGGAUUAGUCAGUCAUUUUUGAUAGUAUUCACUUGGUGGUUUUUUGAAGCUAUCAACAGCACAUAACUUCAAUUAUCAGUAUUAUUCUUUAUUAAAUCUAAAUGUGAAGUGUUUUGAAUGUCACUUCUUUGACUUCACUGUCAGUUUGAAGUUUGAGUGUUAAACAACCUCCAGUCCAUGCUGGCAUCAAUCUUUGUUUUAUACUAAUCUAUUUGUUUUUCCAGUUUAAUUGUCAUAAAUAGAUACUUAGAAGAAAUUGGUGCUACAUGUACAUGAAUCACCUUUUGAGGUAGCACAUUAUAUCACUUAUUAUUGAAUGGAAAACUAAAGAUCCAAAUAUAAAAUGAAAGUUUUGAAGUAAACAACUGUUUUUUUUAAUCUCAGGAAUUUCUAUUCACGCCUCUCGCUGGCUGCGCUCUCAUUGAGAUGGCUACAGCACCUUAUAAGCAAUAUGAACGUAUUCAGUGUCUGAGGUGCACUGUUGUUUCUGAAUGAUAUUACAGUAUGACAUGAAUUUAUCUUUUUUACUGUACAAUCGUUCUUUUAAUACUGGUUUCAAUAGCACAUAUAUUUUUCUUUGAGAAGCUUGCAAUGGGUUUACACAACCAAAUAUUUUUGGAAUGGAUGCACUUAAAAUUUGUAUUGGUUUUGUGUUAACUAUGCUGUCCUUCAUCUGGGACCAGACUGAUGUAAAACUGCUAUUAAAAAAUAAUAAAUUACCUUUCAAGGAA